AUGGACAAGAGAAACAGCCUGGAACAGCCAUCAGUAAGAAAUGUUGAGCAGUGGCAGAAGGAGUCUGAUUCUGUACUGUACAGGUACAACUAUGAAACAAUAUUCACUAGAUGGGAUCAUCAGAACCCAUUUACAACUGCUAUACUUUUUGAAAAUAUGGCAAUUGUAUCAGACAUGCAUUCAUUACAGGCCUACUGUAACCAACCGGAGAUGAUGAUGGCUUUUCUGAAAAACUACAGAAUGUCAAAUGGGUGCUGCUUCUACUUUACAAAUAUACUAGACUCAAAAUUCAAAGGCAAAAGGUAUAUAAGUCAAUGUUUACUAUCUAUCCUCUCAACCAUCAAUGUUUGA